UGCUGCAGUUUGAUGAAGAUGCUUAUAGAAGGAGAGCUUCUCAUUAUGAAAGUGGUGGGAGUAGCCAUCAAGCUCCUCCUCGCUCGGGAAUUAGUCGUUCAGCGACCGUUCGUGAAAGAGGUAGAGAAGCAUCAAGAUUUGUCGAGCAAACAUCAACACCUGCUUCUAGAUUAGCAGCAGCUGAAAUUGAAAUAGAAAAGAACAGAAGUCUGAAACAAACAAAGAUUAAAACCAAAUAGCUUAAGUCGCAGAAAGAAAAGUUGCUUAAAGCAUUUGUUAAUUUUGUUAUCCACAACAGAUUACCUUUUAGUGUGGUUGAGUCACCAUGGACAAAGCCAUUACUCAGAACGGCCGCUGAAGUGGGACCUAAUGUAUCACCACCUUCAGCAUAUGAGAUCUCUGAAGUAUAUUUGAAAAAUGAAUACAAAGAAAUGAAGAAAUAUAUUGCUUCAUUUGAGGGCAUGUGGAAUGAAAGAGGAGUUACCAUUAUGUGUGAUGGAUGGAGCGGACCAACCAGAAUGAGUAUAAUUAAUUUUCUAGUCUACUCUCCUCGUGGAACAGUGUUCCAUAAAUCCAUAGAUGCAAGUAAUGUUGAACGAAAAGAUGGAGAAUAUUACUUCAAGAUCAUGAAGGAGGUGGUUGAAGAAAUUGGCCCAAGCAAAAUUGUCCAAGUGGUGACUGAUAAUGAAGUUGCUAUUAAAUCUGGUGGCAAAAAGUUGAUGGAGAAGUUUCCAAAUUUGUAUUGGACAGCAUGCAGUGCACAUUGCAUUGAUUUAGUUUUAGAAGAUUUUGGAAAGAGGAAGAAUAUAAAGACCGUCAUUGAGCAGGGAAAAGUUAUCACCCAAUUUAUUUACAAUCAUAAUUGGGUGGUAAAUUACAUGAAGAAAUUUACUGAUGGUCGAGAUAUAAUUCGCCCCGGGAUUACUAGAUUUGCAACUAAUUUUAUUGCAUUGGAGAGUCUUCUUCGAUGUAGAACGGGGUUAAGAAACAUGUUUGAAUCCGAGCAAUGGGUAGGAAGUAAAUAUGGCCAGGCUACCAGUGGACUAGCUUAUGAAGCUAAGAAAAUUGUUCUUAGCUUGGAUAGAGAGGGAAGAAAUUUUUGGGAGAAAGCCGAGCAAAUUAUGAAAAUCCAAGAGCCAUUGCUUAAAGUGUUGAGAUUAGUGGAUGGUGACGAAAAACCAACAAUGGGAUUUAUAUAUGAAGCAAUGGAAUGAGCAAAAUUGGCCAUUAAGCAAAAUUCCAGAAGUUACAUAGACUACUGGAAAAUUAUUGAUGCUCGUUGGAAUUUUCAAUUACAUCAUGAUUUGCAUGCGGCUGGUAAGAAGCACAUAAACUUAAUACUUAAUACUUUAAUAAUUUCUAUAUCUUAUAAAUUUUAAUAAUAUUUUUAUGAUUUGCAGGAUAUUUUUUGAAUCCUCAAUAUCAGUAUGGUCCACACGAUAUUGGAAAUGAUAGUGAAAUUAUGGCAGGCCUUAAAAAUGUUAUUCAAAGGCUAGAGAGUGAUUUGGUAAAUCAAGCCCAUGCAUUGAACCAAGUAUAUAAUAUAUAGCUAACUUGAAUAAUUUCAAUAAACAAUUUUAGUAGUAUAAUAAAGCAAAUAAUUUUUUUUAUUGGUGUAGACACAACUUUAUAAGCAUAAAAUGGAGAGUUUUGGUCCGCCUUAGCACAAAAAGCCAUUAAAUUCACUGAUCCAGGUAAAAAUAUAAGAUUUACACAUUAUGUUAUAUUUUUAGUGUUCUAAAAUAUAAAAUCAAAUAUUUGAGAAAAUAACCUAUAUUAUUAAAAUUAUUAUAUGUUUUAAUGCAGCUGAAUGGUAGAUACAUUAUGGUGAAAGUGCUCCUGAACUACAAAGAAUUGCAGUAACAGUGUUGAGUCAAACCACUUCUGCAUCUAAUUGUGAAAGAAAUUGGAGCACUUUUUCACUUAUACAUACAAAGACGAGGAACAGAUUACGGUAUCAAAAAUUGCAUGCACUCGUCUUUGUUCACUACAAUAUGCGGCUGAAGUUGAGGAAUUUGAGCAGAGAGAGUCGGCAUGAGCUAGAAAAGAGUUAUAAUCCAAUUAAUUUGGAUUACAUUUUCGAGGAAGAUGAUCCACUAAAUCCUUGGUUGGAGGAAAGGGAAAAUCCUGCACUUGAUGGUGAAGAAAAUCCUUGGCUAGAGGAG